AUGUCAGAAGUAAGUAUAUACACGUCUACAGAUAUAUAUAUAUGCAAACAUCAAACACAAGUGUACAUAAAAUGACUCGAGGUAUCUUGAAUGAUUACUAACUGAAGUUAGUCGAGGUCAAAAUUUGAUUUAGAACCUAAUCCCUUUGAAAGAUCAUUUGCUACAAAAGAAUCCAGCACAACAAGCCAUCAAACGAAUGGGUCGAGUUCCGAGCUUGAUACUAUAGGCUCUGGCCAAGCCAGAGCCUUUGAGGCGCACGUCCCCGUACAUCCAAUAAAGCUCCCCGGCAUAACUCCUCCUUUGUUUACCCCUGGAGGACGAAGGUUGCCACCGUUGGAGCUGACAUCGAAUCCUGGCACUCCCACAACAAAUCUAUGGACGAGUCUAAUGACGUCCUCGAAUCAUCCUCCACAACAAAACUAUAACCAGUUUAUGACGACUUUGAGGAAGACGGGGUUGACACCAAACGAGUCAAACUUGAGAACGGGUCUUACACCGGGAGGGUUAUCGAAUUUUGGCUUUGGCCAAGUUCCCGGCUUAUCCACGCCCGAGGCCUUUCUUAAUGGGCCUAUUACUCCGGGGCUAUCAAACUUGCUUGGAAUGAACCAGCUUAAUCAAGAAACGCAACCGGCGCAGCUGCUUCAUAUGCCAGAAAUACAGGAAAAGAAGGAACUACCAGCACUUACACCUCCGCCGUCUUUGCCCGCGCCCCAGCCUCCUAAUCCGCCCCAACAGAAGUGGCAACCACAUUUUCGGUCGCAACCACAAGCACCGGCACAGUCACAACCUCUAGCAUCAGCACAGUCACAACCACAAGCACAGUCUCGGUCGCAGUCGCAGUCUCGGUCGCAGUCUCGGUCGCAGACACAGUCACAACCACAGUCGCAACAGCUGCUAUCGCUGACAGUUUCUCAAAGACAGUCAUCACCCGAAAUCAAGAAAGAUCCUUCGGCAGAACCAGUAGUUGAAGCUCCCAAGAAAAAGACAAAAACCCCGAGAGGAACCAAACGGCCCAGAAAGGAGAAGAAAAAGGAGAGUGAAGGAGAUGAUGGCAAGGCAACGAAUAAUGGAAGCACCAAUAUGAACCCCGCAUCUUCUAGUAGUAAUAACACCAACAACACCAACAACACCAACAACACUAAUGGUGCCAACAAUGAUGAAGAUAAACGUAAAAGUUUUCUUGAAAGAAAUAGAGUUGCAGCAUCCAAAUGUCGUCAGAGAAAAAAACAGUUGAUUCAAAAAAUGGAAGAUGAGUUGACAUUUUACUCGAACGGAUACCGAGAAUCAAGUGCUCAAGUCUUGCAACUAAGGAGCCAAGUGCUAAACUUGAAAAACAUCUUGACAGCUCACAAGACGUGCGCUUCAUUAGUGCAAUAUUGCGGUGGUGCGGAGAAUUUGGAAAAGAUUUUGAACGAAGCAACGUUGGUGACUGAAACUACAAUGCAGGCCCAAAAUAACAUGAGCUCCAUACCAUCCACCAUUCCAACUACAUUGAACAUAGACCAAUAA